UAUUAUUAUUAUUAUUAUUAUUCUUAGUUUGUUGUAAAGUGUGCCUUUACAGAAUCUCUAGUGGGAUUUAAUCUGCUUGGUUUGAAAGCGGAUAAUCCAAACCCGACAUUACUAAAUAAAGCGUGCUGCUGCUGCUGGUGUUUCUGCUGCUGGUGUUUCUGCUGCUGGUGUUCCUGUGCCUUCAGUGUGUCGUGUUGAGAUCCAGCGGACACACCGCUCGCAGCUCCGAGCUCUGCCGGAUCCCCUGUAGCCUUUCCUCAGCUCAGGGCUUUCCUCCACUCUCCUGCUGGAAGAGGGAGUGUGUGUGAGUGAGUGUGUGUGAGUGUGUGUGUGCGGUGGUGUUUGUUUGUUUCCGUUCUUUUUGGAGGGGAAAUCUGGUUUACCCAUGAUGAUGAUGCUGAUGAAGAUGCUGAUGAUGAUGAUGAUGGGGAAAAGCAGACCUGCUGGUGGACUCGAAACGGCGAGUCCGAGCAGCGCCGCAAACGCGCUGGGAUUUCUCCUCAUAUUACUGGUGGAUUUACUCGGAAUCACGGCGACGAACAUGGAGCCGAUCUACUGGAACUCAAUGAACAAAAGGUUUAGUGAUGAUAGGGGUUAUAUCCUGUACCCCCAGAUAGGGGAUCGUCUGGACCUCAUCUGUCCUGGAUCGGACCCCCCAGGACCCCGAGCGCCAGCUGAGUAUGAGUACUAUAAGUUGUACCUGGUGUCCUCCCGUGAGCAGGCAGACAGAUGCGAGGUGACAGGAGCUCCGAACCUGCUGCUCACCUGCGACAAGCCCAGCAGUGACAUGCGCUUCACCAUCAAGUUCCAGGAGUACUCGCCCAACCUCUGGGGACACGAGUUUAAAACCAUGCACGAUUACUACAUCAUUGCCACAUCGGACGGCACGCGUCAGGGGCUGGACAGCAUGAGAGGAGGAGUAUGUGCCACACAGGGCAUGAAGGUGGUGCUCAAAGUUGGACAGAGUCCCUACGGAUUGCCCCCAAAAUCUGCCAAACCAGACCAGGCGGGUCAUACCAACACCAGAAACCCAGGUGGCAGCGGAAACACGACGCAUCCUAAAGUGCCUAGUGGGGGCGGAGCCACAGCAGGUGGUGCAAAUGGUCCUCUUCCCGCCUCCAACAUUGCCCUCAUCGCAGGCGCAGCAGGAGGCUCCGCCUUCCUCCUCCUGGUCACUGCAGUGAUUUGUGUGGUGUGCUACCGCCGGCGGCACUCCAAGCAUUCAGAGUCGCACCACCCGCCGCUUUCUCUCUCAUCCCUGACCUCACCUAAGCGCGGGGGCGGAGGAGGGGGCGGGAACAACAACGGCUCCGAGCCGAGCGACAUCAUCAUCCCGCUGCGCACUUCAGACUCGGCCUACUGCCCGCACUACGAGAAGGUCAGUGGGGACUACGGGCACCCAGUCUACAUCGUGCAGGAGAUGCCACCUCAGAGCCCCGCCAACAUCUACUACAAAGUAUGAGAACGCGUGCACAGCAUUAAUGCCAGCCUUCAGUGCCCAGACCACGCCCCCUCACCUACUACCUAAACCAUAGCAGUAUGAACCGACUUCUCCUGUAUCUCAGCAGUCUCAGCUCUGACUGUGAAAGCCCCAAACCCUGUGACUGAAACCCACUAAUGCAUCCAACCCACACACUCACACACACACACACACACACACAUGCGCACACACAUACACAUACACACGCCCCCUAAACCUCUGACUCUUAUAAUCAGGAGGAGUGUGUUUUAAGUAUUGAGAGGAAAAUCCCUAUGUGAGGGCUAUUUUUUUCUUCUCCCGAGAGCGUGAAGAUGCUCUCAUCACAUUAAACCAGACCCCUUGGAGCAAAAGCGAGAAGCCAUGGCUUGUUGUCUCUUGAAGGAGUCCCUGAGGAACGGAAAAAAAAAAAAAAGAAUUAAAACAAACUUUAAAAAAAGAAGAGAGUGAGAGACUGACAGUAAACUGACCCUAGACCAGUGUGAUGUUACCUGAACUGAACACGUCAAUAACUCACAACUAGCAGAUUAGUUUGUCCCAUUUGUGUUUGUUAUUCCUCGGAUGAGAGGAGGCGCACCUGGCUCGGCCAAUUACAAUGCAGUGCCGCCAUCACGUGACCCGAGGCCCUGCGUUCGAUUCGAGGAGCCAUAGCUGCAUCGAAGAUCUUGUAUAUUUUAAUAACGUGUGCGUAUUUUGUGAGUGUGUAGAGUAAUAAUUAUGACACUGCUGUUGCACAGAGUGCGGCGGUAAGUGCGCAUACCGUGUGCUUCAGUUACAGCGCGCGCGAGCGUGUGUGUCUAUCCGUGAGAGAGAGAGAGAGAGAGAGAGAGAGAGCAUUGUACCUGAGUGAAUGUGAGUUAGACUGUUUCAAAACCAAAACACAAAAAAUGAGCGAAUAUCAAAAAUUGUUUUUUAAUCGCUUUCAUUCAAUAUAGAAUAUAAUUAUAUAUGAAUAUUCAGUAAAAUAAUUUCUAGAUGUCCUUUACCUUUUUUUUUCCCUCAAAAUGUAAAACACCGUAUCUGUUGUUAGACCAUUAUUUUGUCCUGCUUUUCUUUUUCUGCGCUUUACAAUAAGCUGACCCUAUUGUAAGUUAAUUUAAUACUUCGUAUUUCAUUUCACAGAGCUUUUCUUUUCUUUUUUUUUUUAAUGAUUUUUUUUUUGUCCCUAGUCAUUCCUCAUUUCCCAGGAGUCUCCACUCUUCAUGUAUAUUUUUAUAGCUCCUUGUACAAUGAUGUAGUUUUGAAGCUAGACCUCGUUUUGUGAAAGUGUUGAGGUAGAGGCACAAUCUGAGAAGUUUUUUUUUUUGUUAUUGGGUUUUUUUAAACGUGCAAAGACACUUUCUUUUUUUUUUACAAAAUAAAAAGAAAAAAGAAAGGGGGUUAAGAAAAGAAUGCCAGAGCUGCCUAUGAAGGAACGAGAAGAGACGAACAAACAGAAGUGCAGGGUAAAGACAAAAAGUGAU